AUGCCACAACCCACAAUUAACAAGCAGUGGACCACCCGACAGUCUGGCCUCCAGGACCUCAUUCUAGGGUCAUCUGCAGUCCCAACACCAGGUGAUGGUCAAGUGCUUGUCAAAAUCCAUACCGUAGCCCUCAAUUAUCGAGAUACUGAAGUGAUGAUGGGCCUAUACAACCAUCACAAAUCUGCUGGCAUUGAACCUUCUUCCCUGGUUCCUUGUUCUGAUAUUUCUGGAACAAUCAUAUCAUCUAACAGCCCAAAAUGGAAGUCUGGUGAUCGUGUUCUUGCAAUAUUUAAUCAGACACAUAUCCGUGGUCAAGUGACAGCAAAGGAUAUGGCUAGUGGAUUAGGACUACCGGCAGAAGGGUGUUUGCAAGAAUAUCGUGUAUUCGAUGGAGAAGGAUUGGUCAGGACACCAGAAUAUCUUACAGAUGAAGAAGCUUGCACGUUACCAAUUGCCGGAGUAACAGCCUGGAUGGCGAUUAAUGGCAUGAGGCCACUUGGACAACCAGGCGGAAAGGGAGAAAGUUUGUUGAUUCAAGGAACUGGAGGAGUAGCAAUCAGUGGAUUGCAAAUCGCAAAGGCCAGUGACAUGGAAGUGAUCAUAACAUCAUCCUCCGACGCCAAACUCGCCCAAGCCAAAUCCCUCGGCGCAGAUCACGCAAUAAAUUACCGUACCCAUCCCAAGUGGUCUGAAGAAGUAAUGAAAAUUACCCAAGACGAAGGAGUAUCCAGUAUCUUUGAAACAGGUGGUGCCCUAACACUGCGCCAAUCAUUCGAUGCCAUAGCUUUCGGCGGACUCAUCAAUUGCAUUGGAUAUCUCUCAGGGAAGGAAGAUGAAGGUGCGGAUCGCACGAAUACGAAUGUUCUAGCGCUGAGAAGAAAUGUUACGUUAAAAGGAAUUUUAAAUGGACCCAGAGAGAGAUUCGAGGAAAUGUUGGCGUGGUACGAGGAAAAGCGGAUUAGACCGGUCGUGGACAAGGUGUUUGAGUUUGAGGAAGCGAAGGAGCCUUGGAGUAUUUGUUCCAUGGGGGCCAUUUUGGAAAGGUGGUUGUAA